ACCAGUACAGCAACCAAUGCCUAGUAAAUACUAUAAAUUCACAGAAACAUUUUGUUGCACUGUAUUUUGGUGCUUUUGCACCGUGUUACUUUAGAAAAUUCAUGUCACUCUCACGUGUCAAUAUAGUUCAUAAUAUUUGUUGAAUAUAUUGUGCAUUUUUUGUAGUGUUGAUUGAUAUUUUUGUGGAGGCUCUGCUGUGUAUAAUGUGGUGUGAAGAAACGAUGCACAGGAUGGUCUUUAAAGCCAAAUCAUAAUAUAUAACAGACAAUUUAUUCACAGCUCAUUAUUUUCGAGAGCGAAAUCUGCAAAUGGUAUCACUUUGUGAGCGUGCAUUAAUACAGCAAAACAUUUACCAGAUGAAAUGGCCUCUAAAAAUGUUAUAGUAGUCGUGUUUAUAAGUGGCAUGAGAGUUUUGUUGUUGUGACUAGCGUUUUCAUUACAGAAUAUGGAGCUGUUCCAGAGGCCUGAUGAAUGGACUUUGAGCUCAGAAUGUGCUCUGAAGUUUAAUCAAGCCUAUCUGAGAUGAGUUACAGCACUUGUAUGAAUAAAAUAAAACAAUUAUUUACCUUUUCACAUGAACAUGGCCACUCGUGAAUAGUGUGUCGCAGUGACGUCAUUGCAGAUGUUUGUGUUUUUUGUGCGAGAGGCUGUACAGAGUGACCAACAGCGGGGUUAGGGUUAAGAGACCUGUUGUCUCUAGUCUAUAAGCUAGUCUUCGUUGGUCAGGACAAACUUGAGGGUUAAACUUAAACUCUAACAGAGUACAAAGUCUUUGUUUGCCAUAGAGAAUGUCUAAGUGUCGAGGAGGCCGUCGUCAGCCUUCGUGAGCUGUGUUUCUUUAGGUCAUAUCAGCUGGGUUUGCCCACAGUGACACACUGACAUUUGGACUAAAACACAAGUUAGCGUCAAGGUUGUGUGUGUGUGUUUGUGUUUAUCACAUCAGUAUUACCUAGGAACAUCCACCCUAAACCACAGCAUCAGCACAUAAGGGCGUUUUCAAUACUUUCUCCACCAGCAAACAUCAUUUAUUAUUGCAGUCAAAGCCUUUGGUUGAAGUGAUGUUGCUGUGGACAGAAGCAGCUCUCAGUAGAUGGCUGAAUGUUUGCGUUGGGAAUUAGCGUUUUGCAUGCCACUUACUCUGCUCUGUUCUGCUGUCAUUUUCUUGACUACAACAAGGCUGACAUGUAGUUUUAUUGUCUUGUGGUUUUCUGAAGGUGCUUUACUCCAUGAAACCGAGCUCAGGUUUCAUACCUGUUGCUCUACGGGGAGAUGCCUGACCACAGCUCUCUUAUGUAGUUAGUAGUCCAACGCAUUGGCAUGCAAAGUGAUCCAUUUAGUCGUCUUGGUUUAAAAAACCACAUCAUAUCAGUUUCACAUAUCAAUUUCAGGCUAUGCGUGUUCCUCAUUCAAGCUCAAACAUUGCAUUUCCCAUGCAAAUCACACAUCCACGAGUGUUUUCAGUGCUUACACUGAGUCUGUAUAGUCUUUAGGAACAGAGUAGCAGCUUUUGCAUGUUCUUGGUCUGGGGCUUCACCUCAUGAAUGGAAAUACACUCAAUUCUGGAAUAAUGUGGUAAACUUUUUUUUAAACCUUAGAAUAAUGGCGCUUUGGUGUUGGUCACAUGUAAUGUCACUCACUACAACCUGCAUGAGUGACUCAGUUGUUCAGACCGGUGUAUAAAAUGCUUUUUCUCGCUGUGCACCUAACCGCUUCGGUUCAUCAGCAGACUUGUUGUUAAGAACUGUACUGUGUGUCAGAGAGCAAACACAAUCCGUCGUGUAAACAGCAGCGGAUCUGAGCACCUGGGCUGCGUCCUGCUAAAAAUAGACGCACGCAUAUAAACAGAAUUCCCUGAUGCGCACGGCUCUGCGCUCGCUGCGAUCGGCCCUAAUUAGAUGAACAUCAAAGCAGUUUCCCGGGGUUGUCUAGUCCUUAGAAAUUUCCCAAAAAUAGAAGGCUUUGCUGCCCUGGGGAAAUCGCCUGUUAUUUUUCUCCCUUUCUGGAUGGAAACCCGAGCCAGUGCUUCUGCUGUUGCGAUACAAAGGGAAAAAGCUGUGUGGUAAAUAUCAAGCUAAUGAUCGCUGGUAAAAAGAGCCAGAGAUUGAACUGAGAUUGAGCUCAGAAUGUUGUGUUGAGUGUCUCAUUGGAAGGAGAAUGUCGUCUGCGCGUCUGCUUGCAUACUGAUGAUACCCGCUGCACUGGUUCAAGCCUUUCCUCCAUCCCUCUCCCUCUCUCUCUCUCUCUGGGGUUAUUUAUAGCCGUGUCUUGCUGUGUCGGGCUGCUGUGAAGAAGUGAAAAGCCUUUUCAUGUUCUCUGUAAUUACCAUCUGCUGCAGGAGAGACGGGGCAGUGUUGCAACUGCUGCUUUACUGCUCACUUACACUGUUAUUUACCGCACUACUGCUCAGCUGCUGUCACUGGACUCACCCUGAAGACUCUCAGAUGGACCAGACUGUGGAGCUUUUGAAGCCGUCGGCGUUUGACCACAUUCCCACAGUGGAGCUGAGUUCUGCUCUGCCCGUGAGGGUUCCUCCUGCCGCCAUCCCCAUGGACUUGUGUGUGGAGCAGACGCAGACGCUGGACUCGACCCGGCGCGAGCAGCAGCUGCAGCAGGAGAUGCUGGCGCUCAAACACAAGCAGCAGCUGCAGCGGCAGAUCCUCAUCGCAGAGUUCCAGCGGAAACACGAGCAGCUCUCGCGCCAGCACGAGGCCCAGUUACAGGAGCACAUGAAGCAUCAGCAGGAUCUUCUGGCCCUCAAGCACCAGCAGGAGCUGCUGGAGCAUCAGAGGAAGGUGGAGCAGCACCGGCUGGAGCAGGAGCUGGAGAAACAGCAGCGCGAGCAGAAGAUCCAGCUCCUCAAGAACAAAGAACGUGGCCAGGAGAGUGCAGUGGCCAGCACGGAGGUGAAGAUGCGUCUGCAGGAGUUUGUUCUGAAUAAAAAGAAAGCGCUCGCUCAGCGCAGUCUCAACCACUGCAUCUCCAGCAACCCACGCUACUGGUACGGGAAAUCUCAGCACAGUUCUUUGGAUCAGAGCUCCCCUCCUCAGACCGCCGUCAGUACCUACAACCAUCCUGCUAUGAGCGUCUACGACUCCAGAGACGACUUUCCACUGCGCAAAACAGCGUCUGAACCGAACCUGAAGCUGCGUUCGCGGCUGAAGCAGAAGGUGUCGGAGCGGAGGAGCAGCCCGUUACUGUGCCGCAAAAACAGUCCCAUCAGCACGCUCAAGAAACGCUCUCUGGACAUGGCAGAUUCGGCGUGUAGCAGCGCUCCAGGAUCUGGACCCAGUUCCCCAAACAACAGCUCACACGGAAACCUGUGCGAGAACGGCAUCAGCGUGACUGAGUCGUCUCACAGGCCGGCUGGUCAGGACGGGUCGGUCAGUCAGCUGUCGCUCUACACGUCUCCUUCACUACCCAACAUCACCCUGGGUCUGCCGGCCACUGCCACCAACAACGUGACGUCUACCCAGCCUGACAGCGAAUGUUUGUCUGUGACCGGUUUACCCAUAAGCACUCCGUUCCUGGUUGCCUCUCACCUGCCGUCAUUUCUUGGCAGUUCGGAUGCUGCAAACUCCCACAAUGCACUGCUGCAGCACAUGGUCCUUCUGGAGCAAUCAGCCCCACCAAGUCCUUUGGCCGCAGGAGCGGGGUCGCUACAGAAGCUGCAUCAGCACCGGACGCUGGGCCGCACACAGUCUGCUCCUCUGCCUCAGAGCGGACAGGCGCUGCAGCAGCUCGUGGUUCAACAACAGCACCAGCAGUUCCUGGAAAAACACAAGCAGCACUUCCAGCAGCUCCACAUCAACAAGAUGUUGAGUAAACCCGGUGAUCGGCAGCACCAGAGCCACCCAGAAGAGACGGAGGAAGAGCUCCGAGAGCAGCAGGAUGCCACACAGACGGAAAUACUUCCCAUGAGCCUCCCCAUUAAACAGGAACCUCCUGAUCUCACAGAGGAGCAGAGACCGGAAGAACAAGAGCUGCUCUUCAAACAGCAGGCCCUUCUACUGGAGCAGCAGAGGAUCCAUCAGCUCAGAAACUACCAGGCGUCCAUGGAGGCGUCCGGUGCAUCGGUCAGUUUCCCAGGGCACCGUCCUCUGUCCAGAGCCCAGUCAUCUCCUGCGUCCGCCUCGUUCCUCAGCCCACAGGAGCAGCCUUCCAAGCCCCAUUUUACCACAGGUCUGGUGUACGACUCUCUCAUGCAGAAGCACCAGUGCAUGUGUGGAAACACCAACACGCACCCUGAACACGCCGGACGCAUCCAGAGCAUCUGGUCUCGGCUGCAGGAGACGGGCCUGCGCAGCCAGUGUGAGUGUAUCCGUGGGAGAAAAGCCACAUUAGAGGAACUGCAGACGGUUCAUUCUGAAGCUCAUGUCAUGUUGUACGGGACCAACCCACUACGGCAGAAACUAGACAGUUCUCUCAUCUCCAUGUUCGUUAGGCUGCCGUGUGGCGGUAUUGGGGUGGACAGUGACACGGUCUGGAAUGAAGUUCACUCGUCGAGUGCAGCGCGUCUGGCCGCCGGUUCUGUGGUCGAACUCGUCUUCAAAGUGGCAUCAGGAGAGCUGAAGAACGGUUUUGCUGUGGUCCGGCCGCCGGGACACCACGCAGAGGAGAGCACUCCCAUGGGCUUCUGUUACUUUAACUCUGUUGCCAUAGCAGCUAAACUCCUACAGCAAAGACUCAAUGUCAGCAAAAUUCUGAUUGUUGAUUGGGACGUUCACCAUGGCAACGGAACUCAACAAGCGUUCUACGACGAUCCCAGAGUUCUGUACGUUUCGCUUCAUCGAUACGACGAUGGCAAUUUCUUCCCGGGCAGCGGCGCUCCUGAAGAGGUGGGCAGUGGACCGGGAGUCGGUUUCAACGUCAACGUGGCGUUUACUGGAGGUCUGGAUCCACCGAUGGCAGACGCAGAAUACCUCGCUGCCUUCAGGACGGUGGUUAUGCCGAUCGCUAACGAGUUUGCUCCAGAUCUGGUGCUGGUGUCGGCUGGGUUUGAUGCUGUGGAAGGACACCCUCCUCCGUUGGGAGGAUAUAAACUCACCUCCAAAUGUUUGGGUCACCUGACUAAACAGCUGAUGGGGUUGGCCGGGGGUCGAGUGGUGCUGGCGCUGGAGGGAGGUCAUGACCUCAGGGCCAUAUGUGACGCGUCAGAGGCCUGUGUCUCAGCGCUGCUGGGGAUAGAGCUAGAGCCGCUUUCUGCAGACGUCCUGAAGCAGAGACCCAAUGAAAACGCUGUGAGCUCCAUAGAGAAAGUCCUAGAAAAUCACAGUCAGUACUGGCGCUCCGUCCAGCGGUUCGCGACCAGCGCGGGUUUGUCUCUGCUGGAAGCUCAGAGGGGCGAUUCUGAGGAGAACGAGACGGUGACGGCGAUGGCUUCUUUAUCUGUCGCAGCCAUGGAGAAAAGAACGGAGGAUGAGCCCAUGGAAGAGGAGCCGCCGAUGUAGGGAACGAGCCUUUUCCCAGAGCUCUGAGCUCUUCUGGGUCUCUGCGUCUGUUUGCCUGGGUCUCGUCUGACGGAGAUCCUCGCUGAGCAGAGAGAGACGUCAGGGCAAAGGCUAACUCAUCACGUUAGCGCUGUAGCCCGCUAGCACUGUGGCCCCGAACACAACGCGCUCGAGCUGAAGUCACUUGAGACGUUUGUUUCUGGAGAUUUCUGUCCCAUUGGCUCGAUGCGUGCACCUCGUCGCAGACGUCAGCCGGCUCGUUCUGACAGAGGGACGGAUGGAAAGCCGGGGUCCACAGGCUCCGGAAACCCUGUUUGUUUAGUACUUCACACCUUGAGCACUGCAGCGUUUGACUCGCCAGCGCCACUUUACAGACGUUUCUCAGAGAAGGAGUGCCUUGGAGACCGCUUCAACUACGAAUCAAUUCUGAGAAACUUUGCCUUAAGUCAGUAAUGUCCCAUAAUUCCAGUGGGUCGAGAAGAGACAACCUUUUCAGCAUGUUUACUUGGACAGCGUUCGCGCUUUAGUCCUAAACACACGAUGACUGACUCUCCUUUGGUUUGGUUUUUUGUCCAAUGCGCUGUACAAACACAGCAGAAACGGUCUGAACCUGCAGUGAUGUGUAGCAGUGGCUCAUCACACAGCAGCUGAAGGCAGGGCUACAUGUGCAUUACAGGACAAAAGCUACAUCUGGACUGAACCGGAGGUCAGAAGGUCUGACCAAAGCAUGAGUUUGCAUCUUGUGUUGCACCUUCCUCUAAACCACGCGUUUGACACGGAUUACGAGACCACGGCGGAUGUGAGCGGGUUUUGUGCACUGGAUGCGAAAAAGAACCGGACAAGAGACGACCGUGUCCCAAAUCAGCUCGUGUUCCUCUUGAGCCAAACAAACCUUGUAAAAAGGAAGUUGCAUCUUGCUAAUGUUGGAAACCCCGAAGCAUGAGGCGGGAUCGGUACCUACAAGAUCAAUACAAAUAUGCAUGUGAAAUCUUCAUUUUAUUUGCCUUCUCUAACGAACCUUGAGCCUCAUCUCGCCACAACAGCUUCACCUCUAAAAGAAUCCAGUUAGUUCUGUCUCACGCUCGUCAACUGUUAAAAUGCUCAGAUUUUUUAGUUCAGUUACUGGUUAUUUUUGAGGUUUUAGCAAUUAAUUAGUCGUUCCUCUUUUGUACAGUUUUACUUCAUUCCUUUUCUUUUGACCUGAAAUUUCAGAUAUCUGCGUAUUUGUACGUUUCCUUUGACUUUUAUUAUUAUUAUUAUUAUUUGUGCUAGUGGAUUUGAGUUCCAUUAUUUGCUUUACGUUUGGUACCAUGUGCUUUAAACAUGAACACUUUAUGACGUUCAUGGUUUUUCAAUCAUUCAAUCACGAUGACUGAUUGUGUACUUCCAUGUUUUGUUCAUAGCAGAUUUAUAUAUGAAAGGAAACCUAAAUAUAUGAAUAUGAAAAUCUGUCAUUCACCUCUGUUCUGUGUGCAUGGAUGUAAUAUUUCUAAGCAGCACACGCUGGUCUCAAAUAUACAAAAGCUUGUUUUUUAUGACAGUUUAGGAGUAUAUAACAAUCAGCUCUGUCUGUGGAGCUAACCUGCUAAACGCACUUGAUUGAUGGACAGUGAUCUUCAGUUGUUGUUGUUUUUUUUUGGUGAAAGUGCUACAUGCUGAUUUUAGA